AUGGCGUGGACCGAGCCACGGUCGCGUCCAGACCCAAAGCCCAAACCAAAACUGACACCUUACAAUCUCAGGACUCAUGCAACUUUUUUAUCAGCCAUCCUUCAAAUCCAGCCUUCAGUUGUAUUGACCCUCCUUCUCCUGCUUGCUGCCUUUGCUGACCUUAGUAUUGCCGGUCCACCCCAGCCAGCUCGCCCCCCUCUCCUGUCCGGACAACCUUUUAUCAUCUUUUGGGGCAUCCCUGACUCUUCCUGCUCAGGUCGACCAGAUCCCAGAUCUUUCGGGAUGGAACGGGAGGGCCGCGUGGCAGUCUUUUACGAGGACACACUUGGGAACUACCCAUAUUUUGUGGACAAAGACACACCGGUCAAUGGGGGGCUACCACAACACACACGGCUGGACAACCACCUCCAAAAGACACAGCAGGACUUGGAGGCAGCUUUACCUGCCCCGAGGUACCUCGGGCUGGGGGUGCUGCGCUGGGCAGAGUGGGUCCCCCAGUGGUCAAGGAACCGUGAUAGGAAGGCCAUGUAUCUGGAGGCAUCAAGGAACCUGCUAAAGUCUUUCUUUCCUUCCUGGACCCCAGAGGAGGUGGAGAAGUGGUCACAGGUGGACUUCGAGGCAGCAGCCCAGUCAGUAAUGAUGGAGACUCUCCGGGAGGUCAAAAGGUUAAGACCCAAAGCAUUAUGGGGCGUCUCCCCUUACCCCAGCUGCUACAAUGGUGAUCCCGCCCAAACCAUGUUAGCCAAUUACACCGGCCAGUGCCCUGCUGCAGAAAUGGCCCUUAACGACGAGCUUCUGUGGCUGUGGAAACGAUGCUCCGCCCUCUACCCUGUCCUUACCCUGGAGAAGCUGCAGGGUGGGACAGCUGGAGCCAUGCUUUAUUUGUCCAGUCAAAUCAGAGAAGCACUUCGAGUUUCAUCUCUGACUGGGAUGCCGUUUGAUCUUCCUGUAUUCCCACUGGUCAAGAGCGUCUACGCCUCCACUAAUACUUUCCUGUCUCAGGCAGACCUGGUGAGCACCAUAGGAGAGAGCGCUGCCAUGGGAACAGCCGGGGUUGUCAUCUGGGAGAGAAGUGAGACUAAGACAGAGAGAGAGUGUCAAGACCUGGCCGAGUUUGUCCGUAAGGUCCUGGGACCCUACACCACCAACGUAACCACGGCAACUCGACUCUGCUCAGCCUCUCUGUGCCAGGGAAAGGGCCGAUGUGUCCGUCAAAAUCCAGAAAGCUCCGCCUAUCUCCACCUCCCAAGCCCAUCUGAAGUGGUGGAGAAGGUGACAGAAAAGCCAGAGGCAGCAAAAGCCACAGAUCAGCCGGACACAAUCACUAAGCCAGCUGAACCAGACCCUGCAGAGAUCUGGAAGAAGGACUUUCAGUGCCAGUGGUACAAGACUGCAGACGGGGAUGUCUCAGACCAGCAGUCCCCCAAAGACGGAGCGUCUGUUGGGGGUACCGUAGAAGAAAACACUGGAGAUGUAAUGGGGACUACAACCGUAGCUUCUACAACAAAAGGUGCCUCUGUGACUGAGUUAAGAGGAAGCACCACACCUGCUAGUAGAAGUACAACGCCUUUACUGGAAGUCAUUACAGACGGUGGUUCAAAUCCACUCAGUGCCCCAAACCUGACUGUUCUGCUGUUGCUGGUGGCUGGAAGUCUAUGCCUGGAACCUUAA